AUCAUAUACAACGACUUCAAUCUCAAAUAUUCGAUCUGUGUCUUGCACAAACACAACCGCUCUGGUACAGACCCACUUCUUCACUUACACGCCCUUGUCAACCGGUAUCAACGACUAUUCUGACAGCAACCGCGCGAUCAAACUACCAAAUAACACGAUUCCAAUUUCCGCUGUAUCGAAAGACAAAAAGAGGAACACUACCCUUGCUUGUACGGAAAUCACUCUCAGUAUCAAACGACCCCGGCACACGUUUCUUUCUCAGAACAGUGCCCUGAACGACUCGCCUAUCGUCUACACACGUAUAUAUACUCAAGGCCUCAGCCCAUAUAAUAACGCUUUAUGGCGGCUAUGAUGUCGUCUGUCAACCCCUUUACACCGGUGACCCCUCCACCGGAGAGUCUAUCAUUUCCUAAACUUCCUACCCAAAGGCCGUUACAGAACAAUCUCAAACGCAAGGCAUCGUCACAAGACCCUCUUAGUGACCUGACAGGUCUCAACGCACCCACGAUGAUGGCACCACCACCUCCUCCAACUUCGCAACCUAGAACCUCGUCAUCACCAAAUCUCAGCUCAGGGCCAAGUUCCAGCAGUACUACCCAGUCUAGUGGCGCGACAACACCCGAAAUCCCCAACAUACCAGGUGCAAACCUCGAUCCUAAAUACCUCGCCAUGGUAUCUCGCAUCGCCGCCUAUUAUCAACAAAGGUGCCAAGCUGUAGCAAACUACCAGCAGCAGCGAUGCCAGGCUUGGGCCAACAUGCAUAGACAAAAAUGUCAGGAUAUGAUGCAGGCUUCUAUGCUGGUGGUGGCUUGGUACGUGAGGGAUCGUAUCCAGCGCAGGCGAAGAAGAGAGAAGCGCCAGUUCCGAUCCGGAUUGAAGCGCAGGGCAGAUAAGAAUAAAAUCACCAAAACCGAUGUUGUUCGCCGUUGGGUUAAGCAAAUCUCCGAAGGACAGGAAUCUCCCAACAACCCCAUCGACACUCAGCUUGUCGACCGCGAAGAGGCCAAGUUCUCUAUGGACCGUGAGAUGCAGCCGGAUAAGGACACCAAGCUGUUCGAUAUGGCCGACAAUCUCAUCAAGAGCCAAUACAAAAAGAUCGAAGUUCCUAUAAUGGGCGUGCUCAACUUUGAUGAAAGCGACAACGAAAGUGAAAGCGACCUGGACGAGCCAGAGCAGUACGAAGAGAUGGACGAAGAAGAAGACCCUGCUGAAGACGAUGAGUACUACGAAGUAGAAGACGAUGAACUAUAUGACGACGAGGACGAAAUCGAGUAUACAGGUGACGGUGCCUCAGAGGUUGUCCAUCACGGCACUGGCACAGGUACCGGCAGCCGAAACAACAACCACAGCGAAUCAUCAUGAUAAGCCAGCUCUCUCACCAUUGACGACUCAACAACAAGUCCCCUUCCAACAGGGUGGGGUGAGAUACUUCCUUAAUGAUAACGACAACGACAAAGCAUCAGCUUAUUGGCAACAAGUCUCCAAUGAUGGACACACUUGGGCAUUGGUUUCUCUUUCAAGGAACGGCGCAAUCUGAAGGCGGGCGAUGGUCCACACAUGAACUUUCACUGGAGUCAAGGGCGUCUCAUAUUCUUCCUAUUUAUCACGGCACUUACACAUGGACGAUACCUUUUUUUCUAGCAUGGGAUAUCUGGGGUUUCUUGGUUCAUUUCUGGGACAAUUUUGUAUGACUGCUUGGCAGUAGGCUACGCAGGCAACGUAUGCUAUAGGCACAUGUACAUAUUCCAAUCAACAUAUACAAAUAUGAUUGUAUCUCAAAGCUCC